GAUGCAUGCGGGCACCUAGCGGACCCACGCGCGCGGGCCUCAUGGGCACCGUGCUGAGCUUCAGCCCGCGCGAGCGGCGCCCGCCCGCCGCCGCCCCGCCGCCCGACCGCGCCGCGCUCGCCUACUCCUACGAGCGACUCAACAACGCCAAGAACCGCGAGAACCGCGACGCCCCGCGCGACGAGCGCCGCGCCACCCUCGACGACGCCGCCAAGAUCAUUUCCGAGAAAACCGCCCUGGAGAAGAACCUCAAGAAGCACUCGCUGUUCAUCAACGCGCUCUCCUGGAAGAGGUUCUCCACCGCGAAUAACAACAAGAAGAAGUUAGAAUGCAAGAGCAAGAGUGUCUCGACGUUUCGGGCGCCACUCACGGACAAUGCGCCGCUCGAUCGCAACAAGAAUGUGAGCGUUGGAGGUGCGAUAUACGCCCGGGCGCCCGUGGUACCGCUCCCGCCGCCCGCGGAGGUAGUGCGUACCAACGCGUUGAACAACAACGUGUGCUACGCGGAGAAGCUGCCCACCAGCGCGGUGGGUACAGCCGUUUCAGCUCCGCGCAAGACCGUUAUCCAGGCGUCGACGUCGGAGCUGCUAAAGUGCCUGGGGCUGUUCUUGCACACGCGCUGUCACCGCUUGCGCGACUUCCAGGCGGGCGACGCAGUCAUGUGGCUGCGGACGGUCGACCGCUCGCUGCUCCUGCAAGGAUGGCAGGACGUGGCGUUCAUAAACCCAGCGAACGUGGUCUUCGUGUACAUGCUAGUCCGAGAGCUGGUGGACGGCGAGAGGAUAGCGCGUCCGCAAGAACUCCAGGCCGUCGUGCUUACCUGCCUCUACCUCUCUUAUUCUUACAUGGGCAACGAGAUCUCCUACCCCUUAAAACCUUUCCUAGUCGAAGAUUCCAAAGACAAGUUCUGGGACCGAUGCCUUUUAAUUGUUGACAGACUAUCCUUUAACAUGUUAAGAAUUAAUUCCGAACCGGGCUUUUUUACUGAAGUUUUCACCGAAUUAAAAGCUUGCGGAGCAGUGGAUACUCCGCCGCCCGCGCCGCCGCACCCCGCACCCCCACCCCCACACGCUAUAUCGGCUGCCUGACACACAGAGGUCGCUGUGCUUAGGCUAGCACUGACAGACCGACCCAGUCGAGUUUGAUGUCGGCUUUUAACUAUAGAAGCACUUGGUCAAUCGUCGAUUGUCAAAUGGACGACUAGUCAGACGUAUAGGUAAUUAAUUGAAGUAUACAAUAAAUAAGACCGAAUUGCUACCUAGGUACAGUUAUACUAGUAAUGAGUGUGAUUGUAUUGUAUGUCUGAACGAAGGCAAUCGUUGUCUACGAGUUGUCCAAAGGUAUACCACAGAAAUCUAAAUGAUAUAAGAUAUUAGAAAUGUAUAAGGUGCGUGACUUUUUUCACCAGUGCCACCAGUACUAAAGUUACCAUAGCUUGAUGCUUUUAUCUGUUAUUUUAAUAAUUGAUCAUUAAUUAAUUGGGUAAGAGCUUCAAUUUCAUGCUUUAAGUCCUGUUCUUAUAAAUACUGGGAUCACAUAUACCGGAAGACGCCCAUCGCAGAACAUGAACACUUCAUUGUCUUUAAUUUCAGUCAAUAGUCAACGCUGCUUUUCUGGCCGCCAGUCUUGCACCGAAAUAGCAUUUCUACCAUCCUCUUACUUAGAUUUCUGUGUAAAGGCAUAUAGCUAAUUGUACGCGUCACGAAAUUUGGAAAUGUAGUUAUUUGAUUGAUACUCGUAGAUUGUUUACUUUUAGGCCACGUCCGAAGUUAAUUGGGAUGGCAGAUUGAAUUAAGUUGUGGUAUCCUUAACUAACAGGAAGAGUAGAAAAAGGAUAGCACUACUAAAUGAAAUCUACUAAGCUGCC